CUAGGUCUGUGUUUCCCUUUUACGAAACUCGUUCUGAAGUGGUAGGCUGUGUGCGUUUUAAUUCUCAGCGGAAAACCUAGACAACCAUUCGCCUUCCUCUCUCCCGGCCUGGAGCUCAAAUUCUUCCGUCGAAGACGCUAGCCGGUUCUUGUUGCUUAAUUAUUCUCCGAUAUAAGCGGCAACCUUGAUUCCUAACCCAUCUUCGUCUCUCAGCUCUUCCAGACCUGUGAUUCCUGUCGUUGAAGAAGUCUCGCCAGCAGGGUACAUCUAUUGCUGCAGUCUGCCACCUCAGUCCUUGUUCCUCCAUCCUCACGAGUCACAAAUUAAAAAGAGUAGCGGUUCAUCUCAUCAACCAGAAGCUUAAAAGAGUAGCGCUCCAUCUUCAUCAACAAGAAGCCUUCAUCUUUAUUUCAAGUUCUUCAUCUAGCUAUUGUCUUUUACGACCACAUCCCCCCAUUGAAACGCCAAAUGAAAAGUGAAGGUGGAAUCCUUGCUUCCCCCUUUUUAGGUGUGUGCUGAUUCAAUUAAAUGGUUGAAAGUGUGUGUGGAUUCAAUUAAUUGAGCUUAUGUGAAAAAAUAAAUUUUAUCAUGAUUUCCCCUUGUUCAUGAUUGAAACUAUGUGUAGAUUCCCCUUGUUUUCCCCAUUACAUAUACUUCUGCCAAAUGCCGCCCGGCUUACGAGCCUCUGCGUUUUAAAUCCUCUUCCUUUAAAACACAAACACACGCACACCAUUACAAACAUCGGCCGACGCUCGAACGACCAACAGCCUAGCAUCCAAAUCCUCUCUUUUCUUCUCCACUUUCAAGCCAAAUCCAGGUAAUAUCUACACUUCUUCACUCUUUAAUAUUUCAUAGCUUUUUCAUCAUUUAACUGUUAGUUUUGAUGUGUUAUUCAAAAUUUUGAAAUUUAGAGUUUUUGAAAAAUUGAAAGCUUUUAAGCCGGAAUUGUUGAUUGAUAUCUUAUUCUUGUUGCCUAUUAUGCUUGUUUGGACCUUUAUAUACCCUUUCCAAGUAGUCAGUUUCAAAAAUUUUGAAUUUUUUGCUUUUUGGUUGAAAUUGGAGGUUAGGAUUCGAAAUCCUUGUUCAAAUUUGGGGAUUUUCAAUUAAAAUCAUGUGAUUACUUGUUGAUGAUUGAGACUGUGAUUAUAUUAUCUCUUGUUGUGAUAAAUUGGGAUUAUAGUCGAUUUUUAGGGGAAUCCAUGUCAAUUUUUUUCGGGAAGUUGACUAUAAUUAUUUUGAGUUUGUAGGUACAAAUGGCUUCGAGGGGCAAAUCCCCAAGCAAUGAGACUGGCCCAAGCAACCCUAAGCGGGCUAGGAACAACAAAUUCCUCACUCCCUCCACCACCAUCUUGCCGCCAACCCGAUUUGUUAGCACGAGGAGCUAUGAGAGAUACUUGGAGUUUUGGGACAAUGACUUUGUCAUUGAAAAGAUGGUCUCGCAAGCCAUUGAUCAAGAAUUUGGGUUGACUGAGGAUUUUGCUAGAAUUCGAUGGGAACCCAUACUCCACCUUCACGGGCCCAACUAUCCGGAACUCGUCAAAGAGUUACUCCCUCCGUCCCGCUAACUAUGGGACAAGAGGGGGUGACACACAAAUCAAUAAAAAAUGCUUUUUGUGGUUGAUAUUGAAUUGAUAAAGUAAGAAUAAAGUAAGAACGAUGGGAACCACACAAACUUUACCAAAUUUGGUAUGGGACAAUCUUAGUGGGACGGACCGAUAAGGUAAAAUUGGACAAUCAUAGCGGGAUGGAGGUAGUAUAUGCCAACGUCAAAGUAGAUAGGGGUGCGAAGAAGAGCAUUGAGAGUCGGGUUAAAGAGGUGCACAUUGAAAUAACACAUGAGCUCCCCCUUCACUCAUUUCAAAAUCACUAGACUUGACCGCGCCUUCGAUCUCUCUCAAGCCGGAGUAAUUGCGAGUGAUCUGUUCUAUCAUCCAACCACAAUGGCCCAACUUCGAGCAACCACAUAUUCGCAACAAGAUUAAACGGUCACAACAAGAUUAUGAGCGUCGACCUCUACUUCACAUACAAGAUGCACACCGGGUUGGGGCAAACGGAAGGGAUCCCUCUCUCGGGAAUCAUAAUCAAGCAACUUUGGAACGUCGUCUUGAGUAAUAAUCAAGAUCAGACCUUUAUUUUCCCUAUCUUAAUCUCUAACAUUUUUUGACAUUUUAAUGUUAGUUUUAGAAGAGAGGAAAAACAAGAGACAUAUUUCGUGUUUGAUGAUGGUAUCAUGAGGCAUCUCCAUUACUUCCAACCGACACCUGGAGCACCUUGGAGAUGUGUGGACAACUUUCAUCGGGUAGUGGUGGAAGUGAAUGAAGAGGACAUGAUAGGAGGCGAAGAAGGUCAAGGUGAGGAGCACCAAGAAGAAGAAGCUCAUGCACCCCCGCACGGAGGACCAUACGAUAUGGAGUAUUUGACAGCGCAAAUCGGUCAAAUCCCCACGGAGCUUGCGGUGCAUAAACGGGACUUGCGAGAUCAACGAUGUGCUAUUCAAGGAAUGGGAGGUAAUCUUUGGAGCAUGAACCAUUAUUGUCAAGAAUUGGGGUGGCACUUCAAGUUUCAACCUACCGCCACCACCACCUUAUGAUCCAAACUUUUAUUUCCCUCCUUGAGGAGAUGGAAAUGAGAGCGAUGAGUAGGUUUGAGCC